ACCAUCUGAGAAAAUGUUAAGAAACCUCCUACCAAAAAUCCAGCCAGUAGUUGGCACACGCGCUGCAUCCACAUUUGCAAAGAUUACCCUCUGUGGAAAUAUCGCUGAGCCUGAGAUCAAGACCGGCAAGAACGGUAAAGACUACGCUAGACUCCCUUUAGCUACGUCUGUCUCCGUUGCUCCAGCUGAAGAUGGUCAACCACAGGAGGAAACAAACUGGCACACCGUAUUCGCAUUUGGUGAACAAGUAGAGAGAAUACGUAACCUCAGAAAGGGCUCACUUCUCUAUGUUGAAGCAGACUACAGCCUCCAAAAGUACCAGCAAGAUGAAAACUCGCCUAUCUACAAGCUUCCUAGUAUCAGAGCUCGUAGUAUCAAGGUUCUCAAGCGCUCAGCACCAAAAGAGAACAUCGAAUAAAUCUAAUUAAUUACCCACACUCAUUUCGUUUUCUAUUUUGUAAUUAAU